UGGUCGUGGACAUAACGGAGGUCACGGUGCGCAGUUAUUAGACUAGAAGACUAACUUUUAGUGAUAUUAGUAAACGGUAGGCUACAUACCAACUGUCUAAGACUUCUGCACUAGCUGGCGUGGAAUAACGAAGAUCUUCAAAUUUACAUGCAUAUUAAAUUGAAGACUUGUCGCCAAUCAAUCAGACUUCUUCAAAUCAAUAUCUUCUUGAGAGCUGAGCAGAGGAACAUGGUACACAUUGGCUUACUGCACCGUUUUUAUGAGCUGCCAUUUCUAUGACUGUGUAAACUAGCAGUAGAACAACCUUGAACAGUGCGAGUUGUAAUAGCGAUCAUGUCAGUUGAAAAUGAUGAAGGCUCAUCCAUUGGACCGGGUCCAUGUAGCGAUGAGGAAAAUGGUAUCGAUCCACAGCAGGGCGGGGCUUCGUCUUUAGGGAAUGAUUCUGCAACAGGCGGGGCAUCGUCAAUUGGUAAUGAAUCUCUGACGGGCGGGGCAUCGUCCAUCGGUAACGGGUCUGCAACAGGAGGCAUGGAUUUAGUGGACAGUGAUUUGAGUGAUGAUGAAGAAGGCCCACAGACUGAUCGAUAUGGAUUUUUAGGAGGGAAGCAGUUUACUGGAGGUGAGCUUGGACUACCUAUAGAGAUCUUACGGAAACGAGAGCUGAAGUGGCUGGAUAUGAUUGAUGAUUGGGAGAAAUGGAUGACCAAGAAACCAAAGAAGGUUAGAGAAAGAUGUCGAAAAGGCAUUCCAUCUUCCCUCAGAGGAAGAGCGUGGCAAUUCUUGUGUGGAAGCAAGAGAGUAGUAGAGCAAAACAAGGACAAAUUCUUGGAGCUUGAUGCGCAAGAAGGUGAUCCUAAAUGGCUGGAUGUGAUAGAGAAGGAUCUUGAUAGACAGUUUCCAUUCCAUGAAAUGUUUGCUAAGAAAGGAGGCAAUGGACAACAGGACCUGUACCGUAUUCUCAAGGCAUACAGCAUCUACAACCCUAGAGAUGGCUACUGCCAGGGCCAGGCUCCGGUUGCCGCUGUGCUGCUUAUGCAUAUGCCAGCCGAGGAGGCGUUUUGGUGCAUGGUACAGAUCGUUGAGCGUUACUUGACGGGUUACUACAGCCCCGGGCUAGAGGCUGUGCAGGUGGAUGGUGAGGUCUUGUUUGGUCUUAUUAAGAAGGUCUUGCCUGCAACACAUAAACACAUGAAGAAGCAUCGCAUCGAGCCCAUCCUCUACAUGACAGAGUGGUUCAUGUGUAUCUUCGCUAGGACCUUACCAUGGACAUCUGUUCUAAGAGUCUGGGAUAUGUUCUUCUGUGAAGGUGUAAAGAUCCUGUUCCGGGUAGCCCUGGUCCUACUCAAGCAUACGUUAGGGACCUCACAGCAGCUAGCAGAUAGUCCUGGACUCUAUGAAACCAUGGAGAGACUCAAGAACAUUCCUGAUACAGUCGUGCAGGAAGAUUUUCUAGCCUCAGAGAUGCUGAAGAUACGCGUCUUUGAGAAGGACCUUGAGGCAGAACAUUCGCUGUCCCUCGCCAGACGUAAAGCCAUAAGGGAACGACAGCUCUCCUCCGAGAAGGCUGCUGCCAUGGCUCGUGACAUAGAGGUCAAGAAGAAGACAUCCAAGACCAAGAAUCCUGCCAAGGAAUGGGAGAAAGAGAAGAAGAAGAAAGAGAAGGAACGCUUGAAGCACGCAGACACAGAUUCUGUGACAAGUGUGCCUAAUUCACUGGACAUGUUGGAAGAGGAAGACGCUGAAAGUGUUAGGAACGGUGUUGAUGGGGAUGGGACGUUACGUAAAGACGACAAGAAGAAGAAAAAGAAGGAAAAGAAACAAAAGAGCAAGGAGAAGUUGUCGAUCAAUACAAAGGAAGCAAUGAGCAGAAAUUGGAGCGGCGAGUUGCACAGUCCGGACAUUGAAAAAGAAUAUGAGAUUAUUGAUAGGUUGAGUUCUUCCUCAGCAAGCCCAACUAAAAGUGUGAAAAGUAGGAGUACAACGGGCUUCUCGGAAAAAGACUAUACCAGCGAGGAUGGAGGUGAUGGACAGGGCAGCAAGAAAAAGAAAAAAGAUAAGAAAAAGAAAAGCAAAGGGAAAGAAACCGAUGUGAUAUCAAUAGGGGAUGACACGGCUAGCAUGGUGAUUUCUACAGAAGGACUUACAGACACGAUCGAUAGGAAAAAGAAAAAGGAUAAGAAAAAGAAAAGAGGUAAAAGUAAAGAGAAGGGAUCGUCGGGUGAAGAAAGGGCUGACGAUGUGAUAAGUAUUAUGACCGUACCUGAUAAUAUGAUGUAUGGAGUUGGGAAGGACAAAAAGAAAGAUAAAAAGAAGGAAAAGAAGAGGACAAAAAAUAAAGAUUCAGAGAUGGAGAUGGACCUUCCCGGGAUGGUCCGAGGACGCGACGAUGAGAGUGUAGACAAGCUAUCUCAAGCAGAUACAGAAUCUAUUAAAUCGUUAUCCAAGAAAGACAAGAAAAAGGAGAAAAAGGAAAAGAAAAAGAGGGCAAAAGAUUUGGAAAAAGAUGCCCAGCGAAUGAAAGGUAAUGGUGUGAUACGCAAUGAGCAUGCGAGCGAUGGCAAUACUUCCUCUCCUGCUAACCUUAGUGACUAUGAAGUUGUGGAGAGAUGGAAACCACCUUCUGACAGCUCCAAGCGUGGGUCGGAAAAAAGAAUGGGUUUGAUAUACAGUGAUGAUGAUAUCCAAAGUCAGUGGGCUGGGAUGGCCAGCUUAGGCCCUUUGUCUGAGAUACCGACCUUCGAUGAAAUCGUAGAGCGGAAGAGGAGGAGUCGAGAACAGGAGGAGAGGAGGAGUCCAAGAUUGUCUGAACCCACGUCACCGAUUAGCGAUAACACUACAUGGAAUCCUUCAAGUGGGACUAGGAUGCCCCACUCGUACUCUAAUGGCAUGGAACCUGAAAGCGGUUUGUCCCAAGUCGGCAACAGUAGAGAUAUUGGGAGGAGUGAUAAAGCUAAAGCCAAAGGUCCGACAAGAGACUAUCACAGCUUUGAUUAUGGCACUACCGUAUGAUACUGAUACAA